AGCGAGGGCAGUGCGAACUGCGAACAAAUCGAGGGCCCAAAGAAAAGUAGGUCGACAGUAUUGAUUUUACUCAAUAUUCGACAAACAAAGACGUCACUGCUUCAGUGCGAUUAUAAACACUCUGGUGCGUGAAUCAACUGAGGAACAACGUGCAAAAUGCCUGAUGCGGAGUUGGGCGGGACGGUCGAGAAUGUUCGGGUGGUUGUGCGCCUGCGUCCGAUGGAUUCGAGGGAAAAAAUCGACGGCUCGUACAACUGCGUAUCAGUUGACACGGUGAAUAAUACCAUAGCAGUCACGAGGACGAAUGUAUCCCCGCCGGAGCCGCCGCGCAUUUACGCUUAUGAUGCAGUCUUCGAUAGCAACACUAGUCAGAUGGACAUAUACAUCCAGACUGCCAGUCCCAUCGUCGAGGAGGUACUCAAAGGAUACAACGGGACCAUUUUUGCCUAUGGGCAAACGGGUACAGGCAAAACGUACACGAUGGCGGGCAGCAACUCUGCCCCAGAGUUGAGGGGCAUAAUACCCAACUCGUUUGCCCAUAUAUUCAGCCAUAUUGCGAAGGCAAAAGAAGAUGAGAAAUUCCUCGUAUGCGUGACAUACUUGGAGAUUUACAAUGAAGAAGUAAGAGAUCUGUUGGGAAACAACCCACACCAGAGUCUGGAAGUGAAAGAGAGGCCCGAUAUAGGCGUCUUUGUCAAGGACUUGACUGGUUACGUAGUCCACAAUGCAGAUGAAUUGGAGAAAAUAAUGGCGGUUGGCAACAAAAACAGGCACAUAGGAGCUACAGCUAUGAACAUAGAGAGUUCUAGAUCGCACGCCAUUUUCUCCAUCACGGUCGAGAGUAGCAAGCGUGGUUCGGAUAAUAAGAUGCACGUAAAGAUGGGGAAAUUGCAUCUUGUUGACUUGGCGGGUUCAGAACGUCAGAGCAAAACGCAAGCCACGGGCACUCGACUAAAAGAAGCUACCAAAAUCAACCAAUCUCUAUCCGUUUUGGGCAAUGUUAUUUCCGCGCUCGUUGAUGGCAAAUCAACGCAUAUACCGUACAGGAAUAGUAAGCUGACCAGGCUGUUACAGGACUCGCUGGGUGGCAACUCGAAAACUGUUAUGAUAGCGACAAUCGGGCCAGCGGACACAAACUACGUGGAAACUAUAAGCACUCUCCGGUACGCGAAUCGAGCCAAAAAUAUUGAGAAUAAGACGCAUGUUAACAGCGAACCCGGUGAUGCUUUGCUUACAAGAUUCCAGCAAGAGAUUGAUCAACUUAAGAAACAAUUGGAGGAAUCAGCAAUCGAUGUGGAAGAAGAAGGGGAUGAAGAAGAAUUGUCAGAAGACACGGAUGACACUCUCACUGACCCAGAAAUGGAUGUACUGGCUCCAGAGGAGAAGAAACUACGCCGUAGGUUGAGAAAGGAAGAGAAGGAACAAGCUAAAAGGGAGAUGGCACACCAGGCUCGGAAAGUACUCGAAGAAAAGAAGGCCGAGUUGCAGAGAACCAAAAAACAGCAAGAAGAAUUAAAAGACAAGUUACAACGUCUCGAAUCCAAAGUGCUGGUCGGUGGUGAGAAUCUUCUGGACCGGGCUGACGCUCAGCGAAGACUCUUGGAACAGGCUGCCAGGGAAUUGGAGCAGAGGAAACUGAUUGAAUUGAGAUUGCAAGAAGAUUUGCAGAAGAAAGAGGCGGAACGUCUAGACCUCGAAGAGCGUUACUCUAGUCUGCAAGAAGAGAACGCAGCAAAGACCCGCAAAUUAAAGCGAGCGGUUCAACUUCUAAACUCAGCUAAAGCAGAAUUGGCAGAUCAACAGAGAGAACAGCAGAGGGAGAUGGAGGGGAUACUAGAUGGUAUUAGAGCUCUGAAGAGGGAAUUGCAAUUGGCUGAUUUGGUCCUGGACUCGUAUAUACCUAAGGAGUAUCAGACACUAAUCGACCAGUACGUGCACUGGAACGAGCAGCUCGGCGAGUGGCAAGUGAAGUGCGUCGCUUACACCGGGAACAACAUGGCGCCGCACCAAGCGCACGUGGAUAAGAGACAGAGCCAUAUCGAACCACCAGAUCUAUCAGACCGUUACCUAUCAUACUCGACAGUGGCUCGCGCCAGUACUCGCCUGGCUAGGCCGCUGUCAGCUGUGCCUCGUCCACACACUGCCUUGAGACAACGUCAUUAGAGAAAAAAAUGUGUACUAUAUACACACGUAAGAGGUGAAACUUCUUUAUAACCUUAUUUUUCAAAAAAUAAUUUACUAUAUGCAACUUGACAGAAAUAAAUCACGCGUGGUAAUAUAAGAACAAGAUGGCGCGUAACGGAAAAAUGUCACGCGUAACGAA